AUGGCGGACGUUGAUGUCGGCGCGAUCCACGCCUACAGGAGGCUGAUUGACGAUCUCCUAAAUCGCGCAGAACGUGCCAAACCGGACAAUCACAUCGAACCCCCUCUGACAGAAUCGCAGCUGGGCGAUUCAAUCUGGCUCAUCCAUGGAGACGACGAACAGUUGGCAGAGGGCCUCAGCCAGCAGACUCAGUUUGCUGCUGUAGAAAUAGCAUUUCGGGAGAAGUUCUACAGUCUUCUUGCUUCUACCUCGAUCGAAGACCCUUCGUUUAUCCGCAUAUGGAACCUCCUCGAUAUAAUCUCAAUCUUUUCGGAUAAUGAGCAGUGUGAGCCCGGCCUCAUCUUCUGGCUGAUCGAGGAGUUACUUGACAGCCAAACCAUUGACGGCUGUCGGAAGGUGUUUGAUUAUCUUGAAUCACGAAGAGAGCGGAAUACUAAGAAACACUUUAAGCAAAAGAGUCUAAUCAUCCUACGCUCCUGCAACGAGCUACUACGCAGGCUUUCACGGGCUGAAGAUACAGUCUUCUGCGGGCGCGUCUUCAUCUUCCUCUUCCAAAGCUUCCCCCUCGGUGAUAAGAGUGCCGUCAACCUUCGGGGUGAAUACCAUACGGAUAAUGUUACUACUUAUGAUGAACUUACCAAGGCCGCCGCAAAGGAUGUCGCCGAUCCGGAUGUGGAGAUGACAGAUGAACCAGAGGCGCCAACAACGACCGAAGGCCUGAAGGAGGAUAGUGAAGCUCAAACAACAUCUGCGAGCGAAUCCCAUACACCCGCGCAAGAACCUCCUAAAACCCCACGGGUGGUCGUUUCUAGCAGUAAAGAUGAAUCUCAGGAUAAGGGCGUGGAUCUUGAUGAUCUGUAUCCCAUAUUCUGGGGCCUGCAGGCCUACUUCUCUGCCCCGACCAAGACGUUUGAUCCUCAGCAUUUUGCCAAAUUCAAGACCGGGCUGGAAGCGACCCUCUCUGCUUUUAAGAAUGUGGACACAGACCUCGAGAACUCGAGCAACAGCAAGAUGUCGGAGGAAAUUCGAAAGUCCUCCAAGCGGAAGCGGACUACCGAUGGACAGGAAAUUGCGAGCAGCUUCAAUCCUAAGUACCUGACAAGCAGAGACUUGUUCGACCUCGAGGUCAAUGACACGGCAUUUAGGAGACAUGUUCUUGUCCAGGCUCUCAUCCUUCUUGAUUUUAUGCUUUCUCUUACGCCAAAGGCAAAAGCCAAGCUAGCUGAUUUGACCAACAAGUCUGUCCUUUACGGCUUCGUGUUGAAUGACGAUGAUGCCAAAUGGGCUGUCAAGAUGAGGAAGGCGAUCGAGGAAUAUCUUCAGGAAGGUAUCGGUGGUAAAUUCUACUAUCGUAUGGUGGAUACCGUUCUUUCAAGGGACAAGAACUGGGUGCGCUGGAAAGCAGAGGGUUGUCCGUUGAUCGAGAGGUCGCCCGUUUCUGUAUCGGAAUACCUAGGCGCUCGUGAGCAUGCCACAAAGGUCUAUGCAAACAAGCGCCUCCGUACCUCUCCUAUGGGGUCACUUGAUCUGAAGUUUCUCUCUGAGGGUGAAUCGCUGGCAGGGCUGGAAAGACUCAAGGAUCCGGAAAGCGUAAGAUUCUCCGUUCCUGCUGCUGAUUCCUUGAUGAUGGGAAUCAUGGACGACGAGUUAGAUAUCGACACCGCACAGACGAAGGAGGAUAGAGACUAUGCCAUGCGUUCAAAAUCGAGCAAAACCUGGCGCAUACUACGGCUGUCCGCGAAAAGCAAACUUGCUGAGUUUGAGAAAAUUGAGGACGGCAAAAACCUGAAGAUUCUGUUCGAAACCCCCCAGCAGGCAGACGGUACACCGCAGGCUCUAGAAGGUACACCUCAAGCCUCAGAGAAGCCACCAGCGGGAAGCGAGUCCACUGGGCAUGGGCAAGAGCCUGGAGCUUCCAGCACCGAAAACGAAAACUCCGCUAUUGCCACCGAACAGACUCCAGCUAAUUCGGUGGAAGUAGCUGCCCCAGAACAGCCAAACGAUGUGAACAACGCCACUUAG